UCAAUAAUCGAUCGUGUUUGUGUAACAAACGAAGAAAAAAAAAGAAGUUGAUAUCUAUUGUUUAAGGAUUAAGAAAGUAAGAUAUCGAUAAAAUUAAGUUUUCGUAGGAGGUAUGAAAAAGAUGAAUUUUUCUGUAUACGUGUAUGUGGGUGUGUGUAUGUGUGUAUGCUAGUUGAGUUAGAAAUGAAAAAACUGUAUACCCUACCCGCAUGAUUUUCUUGUACGUGUAGCCUCUCAUAGCAUAGCAAGUAUAAUGUUUUGUGAUAGUAGUGGCGGUAACUCGAGCGAGUGAACGAAUGAACGUGCGAGCGAGCAGGCGAGCGAGCGAGCGAACGAACGAACGAACGAACGAACGAACAAACGAACGAACGAACGAGUAGCGAAGGAAGGAAGGAGUCCCGGCCUCUCUUGGUGAAGUCGCCGAUUCGAAUAUCCGUCGCAGUUGCGGAUGCUCGUUCGAAGCGACGAGAUCGAGAGCAAGAGACGCAAAGAAACAAAACAAACGCGAUCGGGAUCGAUCGUGAUCGAUCGAUCGAUCGAUCAAUACAAUAAUAUAUUUUUUUUGUGUCUGGUGUCGUAAAUAUUAUUGGCCUGAACACAGUGAUCUGAAAGGUGUGUUUUGUCAUAUACGAAACAAAUUUAUUUUUCAUUUCUCAUUUAUAUGUUUUGCAAAAAUUUAUUUACUAACUGAUCAAUCGAUGAUUUAUCAUUAUAUCGAUUAAAUAUUUUAUCAUUGUGUUAGAUGAUUAAUAAGUAAGAAUCCUUUUGGAAAGUGACUUUAAAUUAUCGUAUAAAUCAACUUGGAAGAUAUCGAUCUUUAGAGAAGGAGGAGGUGGAAGAGGAGGAGGAGAAGGAUCUAUGAAAUUGAAGAUUUAUCGAUCAAAAAAGCGUUUUCAAGUUUCUAACAAGAUGGUCGGUUCUUCGAAGAUCAUUUAAAAAAACAAUUAUUGUAUGGUUAGUCUUUAUCCAGUGACGACAGAGAUUAGCAAUCAAAGCGUUAAUUGGAAAUGGAGAGACCUUGAAUUUGUCAGGGAAUCAUGGAAGCGAGGCGUAUGCACAUUGCAAGUCUGAACAGGUUGAGAGAAGUCCAGGGUUUGCUGUUAACCUUCCUCUGGAGAUCAGUGAAAUGUGAGAAGGAAUAAAACGAAGAAAGAAAGAAAGAGAGAAAAAGAGAAAGAGAGAGAGAAAGAAAGAUACAAAAAGAAAAAAGAUAUGUAUAAGCAUGGGGAAGCCCUCGCGAAGCAAGCUUGUCGUUCAAUAAGACAGGUGGGGAUGAAGGCCGUUGGCUCCGUUCGUGGCAAAUACCUCGACAACGUACACCUAGACCUACAUAAACAAGAUAACGAGUUUACCAGACGUUCCUACGUACAUACAUGCAUACGAGUUCACAUUGGAGAACCCGAAGAUGCGACCGAUAUAGGACUAUUUUCGGUGUCCAUCCUCGCGAGAUGUGGACGAGUAGGAGCUUGGGUGUCCUGUUAACGAUACUGAUCGUCCUGAUCGGGGAUCGAAUAACGAGCUCUCAAAAGCCUCAUCUUGGUGGUGCUGUUAACGUCUUUACUCGUUACGGUUAUCUAAGUAUCAGUAUGAGGGUUGUGCCGCGUAAUGACACGGACACUUGGAUAUUUCGCGAGCCAACUUUAGAUGUCUUUAAGAAUCCAAAAGCUAUACCAUCUAAUCAAUUACAACAAGGAAAAUCGAUGACUACCGUAUUCGAUGGUGAUUUUCACAUGGAAUUUUGUGACAACGUAAGACAACUUCUACAGGCAUAUUUCCGUGAUUUCACUUUCGAGAGAUUAGAAAGACCUUGGCGAGCGUUUACUGCCAGUUGGUCAAAAGCUGCCAUCGCUAGGCAUCUUGGUAUAAACGCAUCUUUCAUCGGCGGUGAUUAUUGUUACGUUCUUGUACGGGUCGCCAGAUUUCGAGAAAAUCAAAAGCUCGUUGCUACAGCUGAAUCAUUAAUCCUUGACGAAGCUGUACUUAGAGAAACGGAGAACGUCACAGUUGGUGAUACCUUUAGUGUCAUUAGUUUUAUCAGGAACUAUGGCUCUCAUUACAUCGCUUCUUAUAUCACUGGGAAUUCACUCUAUCAGGUAUUUGUUUACACUCCUCAAGUAUAUCUACGUAUAAAGGAACGUUUAAAAUUACGUGGUGUAUCCGAGCUUUCAACAUUGGAAAUAAAUAAUUAUUUCUCACCUUGGUACGCUGAACAUAUGGGUGCCAUACAAUCAGCAAGUGGUAAUCGUUCCGUAGAAGCUUGGGCUGUUGAAAGACUUCGAAUACAUUAUUACAUCUUCUCGUAUGCCAGUUUGUUGAAACUUCAUGGAGAUGCUGCCUUGCUCAGACAAUUAGACGGCUUGCUCGGAAACGAGGCACUUUUACAACUCCAACUUCGUACUUUAGCACCAAUUUUCAAAGAUUCGAAGAAACGCGAGUGGUUCCUAGAAGUGAUCGACAAUUAUUUUAAGCUUUGGGAAGUGAACAUGUGAGAUGGUUAAAUUGCGAUUACGACAAAUGCAAUGUCGUAAAAAAGAGGUCUUCACUUAAUAGUGAUUCGUUAGAGGAAUAUGAUGUUAUGAUCUUUGAGAUCCAAGAUUGAUCGAGAUGAUUUAUAUAACUGACGAUGAUCGAGGACCGGUUCGAUAAUUUUAUGGAUUUCCUCUUUGAUUUAAACGUUCCUGGAAAGCCGUACUGAACUAUAUAUUACGUACACACGACUUUUCACGUAUUUAGCCCAACUGUUAUUGUUAUAAAUAAGUAUUUAUUAUUAUAUAAUCGUUAAUAGAAAACAUUUUUAUACAAAAAGUUUGUAAUAUAUCACAAGCGUUAUUCAAUAAGAUCUCUAAUCGGAAAACGCGCUGAUUAGAAUGUCAUCUAGAUAAUCAAUCUGUUGAAUUAAUAUUUUAAUCUUAUUUUCUAGAUUAUGUAUAGGAAAGGAAAAGAAAAUUUUAUUUUAAUAUCAAUAAUCAAUAGCUAUCGUUAUUGAAUUGCUUUUAACAAUACGUACAAAAACGUAAUGUUGCUUAUUCUUCAAAAAAGUUAUUACUAAUAAAGCAGCUGCGUUUUCCGUUUGAUUAUUUACGUUAAUUCGUUUAAUAUUGGGAUUAAAGUAUUUGACGUCAUUUAUUUUUAUGAUUAUACAUGUUGGACGGUAA